AUGGCCGACAUCCCCACGACGAAGCGAGCUUUGGUGGCGCCCCGGUUCUGUGGCCCGCGUGACUUUGAGAUUGUCGAUAGGCCUCUGCCGGCCAUGACCAAGCCAGGUCAUGUUCUCAUCCGCGUGCAUGCUUGCGCUCUCAUGGCGGGCGACUGUGUCCGAGCCCGCGGCACUCCGAUCAUUCGUCUCAAAGUCGACUUCCCCAUGGAGCUCGGCGGCGAAGGCGCAGGCAUCAUCGUCGCCAUCGGCUCCGGGGUCAAGAGCUUUAAGGUUGGCGACGCCGUAUACGGCACGUUGAUCACACGGCCACUCCUUGAAGAUGUCAGCUCGGGUUUCUGCUCCGAAUACACCGUCGUGGAGGAGCGGAUGCUGCUUCUCAAGCCUGCAAGUUUGAGCUUUGAGGACGCUGCCUCUCUACCAGGGUAUGCCGUGACCGUUUACCAAGCCAUCACGCGAGGGCUAGCCAUGGCUGGUGUCGACAGCCUCGAGGGUAAGACGGUCUUCAUACCCGCAGCACUCAGCGGCUUGGGCGGCAUCGCCAUUCAGAUGGCGAAGAAUGGCUUUGGUGCCAGCAGAGUCAUAUCCACCGUAUCAACAGGCAAGAUGUCGCUCGUGGAGAAGUUCUUACCUGGCCUCGUUGAUCAGCUCGUCGACUACCAGACGGAAGACGUUUCCAAAGUCGUGCCCAAGCACAGUGUUGAUUUCAUGUUCAAUCCGCAAAUGACGACCCUGAACGCUGGCAUCCCAUUGUUGCACCCUCAAACCGGCGUCCUGGUGUCUCUAGCUGGUAUUCCCACGUCCAGCCUGGCCAAAUUGAUGCUCGGCCCCAAGAUGGUACCAUUCUGGUUGGGCUGGAUCUUCGAUCUGGGUCAAUACUGGUAUUCCUUCUUGUUGCGCGGCACGAAAAUCAGAUAUGAGUUCGUCUCUGGUGACCCCGGAGACCGAGAGGCCCUCGAAAAGACUGGCGAGAUGAUUGCAUUGGGCAAGAUCAGGGCCAUCAUACGCACUGUCAAUCUUUCAGACACUGAGGGUGUGCGGGCCGAAUGCGAGAAGGUGGCGGCUAUCAAGGGAGGCUUUGGAAGACUGGUCGUCCGAGUCGUCGAGUGA